AUGAAGUUGAAUCCAGCCAAAUGCUCCUUUGGUAUGGAAGAGGGCAAAUUCUUGGGCUUCGUGGUCACAAACGGCGGCUUCAAAGUUAAUCCAGAGAAAGUUCAAGCCAUAGAGCGGAUGCCGUCACCACGCACUAUCAAAGAGAUCCAAAGAUUGGCCGGCCGUCUAGCCGCGCUUAAUCGAUUUCUAUCAAACCACGCUGCAAAGUCAUACCCUUUUAUCAGCACUCUACGCAACUGCGUGAAGAAACAAGAAUUCAAUUUGACGCCAGAAGCAGAAGCUGCCUUCCAGAAAAUGAAAGAGUGUUUGAUUAAGCUCCCUACCCUGACCGCGCCGUUUGAAAAAGAACCACUCAUUCUGUACUUGUCAUCUUCGGACAAGGCAGUUGGGUCGAUAUUGUUGGUUGAGAGAGAUGGGGUUCAGACUCCAAUUUACUAUGUCAGUAGGGUGCUUACAGAUUCAGAAACGAGAUAUUCAACAAUGGAGAAAGACGUCAGGACGUCUAGCGAUGUGGGCAAUCGAACUGGCGGCCACAAUAUUCUCUACAGGCCGCGCCCAGUCAUAAAGGGUCAAGUUUUAGUGGACUUCAUUACAGAAGUCCCAAAGGAUAAAAUCAAAGAUUGUGAAGUUGUGGAUACUCCCAUUAAGGAUACAUCAGACGGAUUGUGGUUGCUAUACACUGAUGAGGCCUCAAACGAAGAUGGCACAGGAGCUGGAUUGCGCCUCGAAAGUCCUGAGAAACAUGAAUUUACAUACGCCAUCAAGUUGGAUUUCAAGAAUACCAACAAUGAGGCGGAAUAUGAAGCAUUCUUGGCAGGCCUGCGCCUCGCCAUCAAGAUGGGAGCCCAAAACUUACAAGCUCAUGCGAAAGAAUUGCUUCAACAAUUCAAGUCAUACAAAGUAGUUCACAUCAAUCGCUCAGAGAACAAACCGGCGGACGCCUUGAGUAAGCUCGGUUCAACAUCUUUUCAACAUCUUGCCAAGGAUGUAAGAAUUGAAGUACUCAAAAAUCCGUCAGUUUUACUGCAUCAAUUGAAUGUGAUCGAAAUAGGGCAGCCAUCUUGGAUGACCCCUAUCAUCCAGUACUUGCAAAAGGGAAUACUCCCUGAAAACAAAGCAGAGGCAAGAAAGAUACAGAACAAGGCUUUAUUCUAUGAGAUGAACGGCGGAAUCUUAUAUCGAAAAUCCUUUUUGGGGCCACUUUUGUGCUGUGUGGACCCCCAAGAUGCAAGUUACUUAAUCAGAGAGAUUCAUGAAGGAAUCUACGGCAUCCAUGCGGGCCCGCGCAUGGUUGUCACGAAGAUAAUGAAUGCUGGAUAUUACUGGCCAGGGAUGCACAUUGAUGCCCUAAAGGAAUUGCGCAAAUGCGACUCCUGUCAAAGGCAUGCCCCAAAAACCCUGCGCCCGAAAAAUGAUCUCAUUCCCGUGUCCAUUGCCUGGCCUUUCUAG